AGUCUUGGGCCAAUUAGACGCCUGCAUGGUGAUGUCAUGAGGCAGCAUCGAUGCUGUUGCUGAUGCUGUUGCCCGGCGCCUGAAUCUGUGCAGCCAGACAGGAGGUUCUGUACUCAACGCUGUACUAACAGUAAAGAAGGCCGGAACAGAGGGGGCAUCCUUGGAACGACACGCAGUGAGAACAUGACUCUUGCAGCCUACAAGGAGAAAGUCAAAGAGCUCCCUCUGGUGUCUCUCUUCUGCGCAUGUCUGAACCCACAGACAGAGAAGACACCCUACAAGGCCGAAGAUGCGGUGGACUUGGGCUGGUGCGUCAUGAAAGACGUGGAGGUGAUCGAGCUGAACAAGCGGACAUCCGGCCAGGCUUUUGAGGUCAUCCUCAAGCCUCCCUCCUUUGAUGGCGCGCCAGAGCUUAACACCUCCAUGCCGCAGCGCCGGGACCCGUCGCUGGAGGAGAUCCAGAAGAAGCUGGAGGCUGCCGAGGAGAGGCGGAAGUAUCACGAAGCCGAGCUGCUGAAGCACUUGGCUGAGAAGAGGGAGCACGAACGUGAGGUGAUCCAAAAGGCUUUCGAGGAGAACAACAACUUCAUCAAAAACGCCAAGGAGAAGCUGGAGCAGAAGAUGGAGGCCAACAAGGAGAACAGGGAGGCGCUGCUGGCGGCCAUGCUGGAGAGGCUGCAGGAGAAGGACAAACACGCAGAAGAAGUGCGGAAGAACAAGGAGCUGAAGGAGGAAGCCUGCCGAUAGACCCGAGGAACAAGGGAGAAAAUGAAGGGAGGAGAAUUAGGUGAAAAUCGCAGGUGGUUUAAAAAAAAUGGUGCAUAAGAUUGAAAAAACAAGGUUAAUGGAAAAAAAAAUCUCAUGGCUGUAUGUCCUAAUAAGCUGUAUAAAGCUUCGCCAAAUAAAUUCCAAAUCUGUGUUACUUUUUUUUGAGGCUUUGUAAAUGACAGAAAACAACACAGCAAAACGUUAUUCACAGCAAAACGUGACAAUUAUUGCCACAAAGAAUGUAAAGAUGAGAAGAUGCACUGAGAUAAAACUAGUCAGAGUAUUUUAUAGUCAACACACACAAGGUCACACAAUAAAACAAAAGUCAUCAGACCGGGUUAGAAAUAAAAAAAUCCAAGUUUAUUUAGAGUUUCAUUUUAAAUCCACAGUGACAGUGGAGAGUAAUGUGCGCGCUGAAAACGUGAAAACUCGUCUGUAUUUUUUUGCAACUGUCAAAUGACUUGUAGUGUAGUCGUAGAUUUAGUACUUUAGAUCUAGAGCACCAAUUGCACUAUUGUUUUAUGAAGCACAACUCAAAAGCACACAUGCAAAUACGAAGUAUAUGAACAACACCACAGGGUUCGAAAGCAAGGGGAGGAGGUAACUGAGGGGGUCACUUUGCUUUGGCAUGUGUCGCAGUGCUCGGAUCGUCAGUUUUUUGGUUUGAAAAAGAUGAAAUUUGCUUCCGUUGUUGAGUCAUACUGACUUGAUCGAUACGUGGAAAGUGUUUGCAUCGUAACUUGGCAGUGGUCAGGAUUGUUGGGGUUUGUACCUGCUGUAUUAUUGUGUGUUUCUGGAUUGAUUGUAUUUGUUUGGCAUGGUCAGUAAAAUUAAAGCUUUACUGAAAUCA